UUUUCCUCCCCACCAGGUGAAGCACUGCAGUGUUACACCUGUGUAGGCUCUAGUGAUGAAGACUGUAACAGACAAGGAGCCCAGCAGUGCCCAGGCCAUUCAGAUGCCUGUGCCAUCAUUAGAGGACAAGCAAGUGGUGUGAUGAAGUCCUGCUCGUUCAGGUCCUUCUGCGAGCGGGCGAGGCGGGACGGAUCCAGAGCGCCCGGAGUGAGCGUCCACUGCUGCUACACAAACAACUGCAACGCAAAGGGCCUGGCUCCGAGGGUCACCACCUCCACAGGAUACUUCUCUCUCCUCGUCUUUGCAUUGCUGUGGCACCCCUUGAUGAAGCUGACAUGAGGGGGGCAGCAGAAGAGUGUCCUGAAGCAACAAGUCUGCUGCCUUCGGAAGGGAUGAUUCUGUUUCCCCACCACGUUACUCCCUGUCCUGUGUUUCUCAGUAGGCAAAAAGCAGUAGGCAGAGCUGACAGAUGUUCAGAUAAAAAUUGUUCUAUCUGCUGAAUAUGUCUUGACCUCUCUGUAAGAAACACUGCCCCCUUCUUCCUUGUUGU